GGCCCUUCCCGGGGCGCCGCCGCCGCCUACUGUGCGAGGCAGCACGGCCCGGGGCCGGAGGCUGCAUGGUGCCGGUGGGGGCGCCCCGUUCCCUCCCCCGGUUCCUCUUCUCGGCCCCGAAAAGGGUGGGUGGGUGGUCGCCAGGGCGAAGUUUCCAGCGCCGGAUUCCUGCGAAAUUACGACGGCUCACCAGCGCCUGUGUUUUGCUGUCUCUCCCCCUUUUUCCUGCUCCCUGACUCUUCCCUCCCCUUUCCCCCACUCCUCACUCCUCUGAAGGCCAAAAAGACAAGCAAAACCUGCCGCAGACGAAGGCUUUUGGGAUUGUAGCGUCUGCACCUUCAGAAACAGCGCCGAAGCCUUUAAAUGCAGCAUCUGCGAUGUGAGGAAAGGCACCUCCACCAGAAUAUUGAGGAAGUCACAGGACAUCCAAUUUGUUGCUGGGUACCCUGGGACAGAAUGUGUGACAGUAAACUAUCAAGUCAUCUUGACACAAGUACUUUUGGUGUGCAUCGUUGAAGCAUAUUUAUAAGAAGGGAAGUUAUGUUUUGGUGCUCAGGACCGAGUGAUGACAGGGGGAGAAAACCUCGGAUCAAUUCUCAGCUGGUGGCCCAGCAAGUGGCCCAACAGUAUGCCACUCCACCGCCCCCUAAAAAGGAGAAGAAGGAGAAGGUUGAAAAGCAAGACAAAGAGAAACCCGAGAAAGAUAAAGAGAUUAGUCCUAGUGUUACCAAGAAAAAUACCAACAAAAAAACAAAACCAAAGUCUGAUAUUCUGAAAGAUCCUCCUAGCGAAGCGAACAGUAUACAGUCUGCAAAUGCUACAACAAAGACCAGUGAAACGAAUCACACCUCAAGGCCCCGGCUGAAAAAUGUGGACAGGAGCACUGCACAGCAGUUGGCAGUAACUGUGGGCAACGUCACCGUCAUUAUCACAGACUUUAAGGAAAAGACUCGCUCCUCCUCGACCUCCUCAUCCACAGUGACCUCCAGUGCAGGGUCAGAACAGCAGAACCAGAGCAGCUCGGGGUCGGAGAGCACAGACAAGGGUUCCUCCCGUUCCUCCACGCCAAAGGGCGACAUGUCGGCAGUAAAUGAUGAAUCUUUCUGAAAUUGCACAUGGAGUUGUGAAAACUAUGAAUCAGGGUAUGAAAUUCACAUCCUCCACCUGCCCAUGCCGCUUGUACCCCUGGAGAAUCUUCUGUGGACAUCGACCUCUUAGUGAUGCUGCCAGGAUAAUUUCUGCUUGCCAUGGGCAUCUGGCCCCCAAGGAAUUUCGCACCCUGACGAUUACUCUUGACACUUUUAUGUAUUCCAUUGUUUUAUAUGAUUUUCCUAACAAUCAUUUAUAAUUGGAUGUGCUCCUGAAUCUACUUUUUAUAUAAAAAAAAAAAUCUGCUGUGCACAAUUUUCCAUGUACAUUACAACUGGUUUUUGUUUUUGUUUUGUUGGGGGGGAGUGGGGUGGGAUGGGGAGGGAGCUUUUAUUUAUUGUGUUCACAGACUCCAUCCUUUCAGCAUAUCCUUUUAAGUUUAGUUCUUUCUUCCAGUUAUACUAUGUACUAUCAGUUUUGAUAUAACUAUAUAUAUAUAAAUAUAAAAUUAUAUAUAAAGGGUUAUUUGAAACCAAUCCAUGGCAACGCUGGUGCUUGAUACACUGUGAAGUGAAUACAGCAUUGAACAGUUACAGAUCUGGGACGGUCCCUUCUAUGAAAGUGCUGAAAUUAAGUUAAAAUCAGUCUUACGUGAAGUAUGUUCCAACCCACGUGGGAACUUGACUCUCUCAUCUGUCUAAAGAGUACUGGACGAUAGAAAAAUAUAUAUAUUUUUGAAACAAUGUGAUCUCAAAUUAAAGACUGCUCCAGAUAGCCUGCAUUUGCGAUGGAAUAACUGACAAAUCACAAGUGGUUUAGUUGGGAGGGCUUUGAUCAGUCAAAAGUAACGACGAAACUAGCUCCAGAAUGCCAAGUAUUCGUGUAAAUUACGGUUACAUGUUAACAUUGCUGUUCUUACAUAAGCAUUCAUGAAAAUAUGGUAUUCUGUAACUCGAAUUCCAUCCAUUUUCCAGACCUCUACUCAUGUCUGAGGUAGAUUGAUAAAUUGUCUCUUAGUUUUAGGAUUCAAACUGUGUAAUCUGUAUUUUUGGUCCAUACAAGAAGCAAAUCCCUGUCUCCACUUUGCAUGUGGCGUUUUGUUCGAUGGAACUUUGUUUGCCUCACUUCCCCUCGUUUCCCUUACCCUACCCAUUCAGUUGUGAGAAUUCUUUUUCUUUCUUAAAAUCUAGUCUUGUUGUUUUACUGAACAAAGGUUAUCAACCAGUACAUCCAGUCCCCACAUGGAGCUUUUCAGUGUUGGGAGACUUGUCUCAAUUCCCUGCUGUGGGAAGGAACUCAGUGGUGAAUAAAUGGUUCAAGUGCUGGCAGCCAGAGUUGCAGGGAAAGCUCCUACUUCCUGCGAGCCUGUGAUCUUUUUCUUCCUCAACAUAAAGAUAGCUUGAGUAAACUCUCUUUUAAAAAAGAUUCUUUUCACUCUCUUUUUUAAGACUGUCUUGCAAAAACAAACAAAAAAAGGGGGAGAAAAAGAAGACCUCUAAUAUGAAUCCACCCCUCCUCAUUUUAAAGAUGUUCUGUUUCGCUUUGUUUAGAUUUAGGGUCUGUCUUCUCUUUGACGCUUACAUUCAUAUCCGCAGAGUUCAUAGACUUGAGAGUCAUUUCAAGCAUGGGAACUUGAUGUCACCUUCCUUUAUUUGACGUACUUCCGGGAGGGCAGCAGAUUAGUAAUGAAACACCACAUUUUGGUGUGAAAAACCUGGUUUGCUUAAGAAUAGAAGUCACUUCUGUCUGUGGAGGCAACAAGUAAACAGAAAAAUUAACAGCUUGAUUUGAGUAGCCAACAGGAAGGCUCCUUUCACAUUUACAUUAAAACUAUUCCUUAGUCACUUAUGUACCAUCAUUUAAAUUCUUUUCUCAAAGGUAUAGAUGAUAAAGCAGUGCCAUUUGUUGCUGUGGUCCUAUUCUCAAAUGCAUGGACAAUGUUCCCCCUCUUUUUAAAAUACUGCUUGCAUCUGGGAUGCAAGCUAUACUUACCUUUUUAAAUACAUUUUUAAAGUAUUUAUUAAUGAACCAAAGGAAAUCAGAUGCUUUCUAUAAGCAUCAGGAUAUAGAAUACAUAGUGAUUUGACUAUGAAUUUUAAAUCCACAUUUUAAUAUUAGUGGGGUAUUGCAAAGACAUUCCUUCUAAAGUUUUAAUAUUCCUUUUAUUAAGGGUCUCAGGGAGGGUGAAUUAGUCAGCCAUAUUUAUUUUCCAGAGGUGUAAGGAAUUGCUAAGUUUUUUAAUUAACUUUUUUAAAAAAAUUUAAACGUCACCGAACUCAUGUGGGUUGCACUGCUUUUGGAACCAGUAAGUGUUGGUUUGCACUUUGUUCAGAAACACUGUGUACUUUUUCAAAAUUAGUUUCAUGUAAAGUGAUUGGACCCCGAGAUGAGUGGGAAAAGCUGGUUCACCAGCUACUCAGAGGCUGCUAAUUGAUUCAUUGCCAAUGUCUUGGUUUUUCAGUCUUGCCUCCGUGAUAAAUUAAAGAAUAAAUUAAAGAAUGGGGAGGGGUGAAGGAAGGGAGGAUUGCUUUAGAACAGGUGAGAGGAUGAAAUGGCCGUUUUGGUAGAAACUGCAGCGCCUGGUGGACUGCUCACAGCAAUCAGAUGUCCUUGGGCCCAUCCUUUAGCUGCUGUUGUGUAUUCUGUUACGGUAGUGAGGUGGCAGGUGCUUUAGGCUUUUAAUUUCUGAAAUUGAUGACAUCCCUCAGGCAUGUAUUCUGGAAAUGGAAUUCCUGUAACUUUCUGCAUUUGCAGUUUGCCCUACAAUUAGUAGGCAGUGUGUAAAAACAUUAGUGUAGAUGAUAAAGAUACAUAUUAAAAGAGGACCAGAAAUACUUGGUAUUCAGCGGCACAGUAAGCAGGUUAUAAAAACAAAACAAACAAAAGCACAGUGUUACGCUUGCAAGUUUCCAUUCGUUUUGAUACCACACGAUCCUUCACACUCGUGCGUGCACGCGCGCACAGAGCUCAUCUGACCUGCUCUGCUUGAGUCACGCAGUUCAAAAAAUAAUAAUAGUAGUAAUCAGGUAAAGACAUC